AUCAACCGUCUUCUAAUUUAUUUACCCUCCAAAAUCUCAGCAAUUUCUCAAAACUUUCUCCGGCGAGUCAAAACCUCAACAACAAUGGCAGUUUUAAUUCCAGACCAUCUGAAAGAAUCCUUAUUUUAAGAGAGAGAAAUGCAAAAGCACGACGAAGAAGAAGAUGCAAGGACUUCACCAUCAACAGCAGCAGCUUGGUGCGCUUCUCACCGUCGCACUCGCCAAAGACGACCCUUCCUUAACCACCGCCUCUUCUUCCACCACUUCCGCCGCGGCAACGUCAUCUUCCUCCUCCGCCACUCAAGAAGCCGAUGAGUCGAAUCGACUCGCUGCCGUCAACUCGCUCCACCGGCUGAUUGUAUAUCCUCCCAACUCAGUCCUUGUUUCUCACUCCGCUACCUUUCUAUUUCAAGGCUUCUCUCAGCUCCUCACUGAUAAAUCAUAUUCAAUCCGCCGGGCAGCAGCUACUGCAUAUGGAGCACUUUGCUCUAUGUUGUGUUCAGUUCCAUCGGGGUCUAACGGAAGACAGAACCAUGUUUUACUGGGAAAUUUGGUUGACCGUUUUAUUAAUUGGGCUUUGCCAUUGUUGAGUAACAUCAUUGUUAAUGAUGGAUCAGUGGAGCUGGCUCUGGAAAGUCUACGUGAGUUCCUUAGUGUAGGGGAUGUAGGGGCAACAGAACGGUAUGCUUUUCCAAUACUCAAAGCGUGUCAAGAAUUGCUUGAGGAUGAGAGGACCUCCUUGAACCUGCUACAUCAGCUUUUGGGUGUUUUAACUGUGAUAUCCUUGAAGUUUUUUAGAUGUUUCCAGCCCCACUUUGUUGAUAUUGUUGAUCUGCUUCUCGGAUGGGCAAUGCUACCUGAUCUUGCUGAAUCUGAUAGACAAGUUAUUAUGGGCAGCUUCUUGCAGUUUCAAAAAUAUUGGGUGAGUAAUCUGCAGUUCCCUUUGGGAUUGCUGUCCAAUUUUUUAGGUGAUAUGGAUAAGCUGCUUCAAGAUGGUAGUCCUGGAACUCCUGGAACUCCCCAACAUUUUCGUAGACUGCUAGCUUUUUUUUCUUGUUUCUCGACUGUACUGAAAUCGACGGCUUCAGGGUUAUUGGAAAUUAAUCUUCUUGAACAGAUAAUUGAGCCUCUGAGUAAGAUGAUUCCGCAGUUGCUGGGAUGCCUGUCAUUGAUGGGGAAAAAAUUUGGGUGGUCAAAAUGGAUUGAGGAUUCUUGGAGAUGUUUGACUCUCUUGGCUGAAAUAUUACGUGAAAAGUUUGCCGUAUUUUAUCCACUUGCUCUUGAUGUUUUGUUUCUGAGUUUGGAUAUGGAUGACAGUACAAAAGCUGCUGGAGGUGGGAGAAUUACGUCCUUUCAGAUUCACGGUGUUCUAAAAACUAAUCUUCAGUUGUUGUCUCUGCAAAAGCUGGGGCUUCUCCCUUCCUCCGUUCAUAAGAUUUUGCGGUGGGAUUCUCCAAUUUCUCUGCUGCGUUUACAUCCCAAUCAUUUAGUGACAGCAAGUGCUGCUGCUACUUAUGUUUUCUUGCUUCAACAUGGGAAUGAUGAAGUUGUUGAACAUUCAAUUAACUCGCUGUUUGUAGAGAUGGCCUUGUUGAAGGACAUGUUAGAAAAUUUCCUUGUCAGUAGAGAGGUGGAUAAUAACCAUCUCAGCGACGAUUCUUACUCAAAAACGGAGUUGUUUGCCUUGAUUAAGUUCAACUUGAAAGUCUUAAUGAGCUGCAUUUGCUUGGACAAGGCAGAUAGUUUGAUUUCCUCACCUGAAAUGGCUAAUUUGUUGCGCAAAAGGUCAGAAUGUCUGGCAUUAUUUGUAAUAACGAAGCUGUAUCCUUUCCAGUUGUCUGUCAAAAGCUGUGUAGAACUGCAAGUGGUUGUUCUCGAGACAUUGGGUAGGAUUUCUUCAGUCGAGCUAUUGAGCAAGUACUCCAUUGAGUUUUGCAGCAAAGAUUCCAUUCAGAAGACAAAUGGAGUAAGCAUGGAUGGUAAUAUCAUUGUUGAGCAUUUGAACAAAUACAGCACCAUCAUUUUGAAAGCUCUUGAAGUUAAUUCGCCUCUUGCUGCUAAAGUCAAAGCCCUUGAUUGGAUUCAUAAAUCAUGUGAGGAUGCAACUAAAAUAUACGAAAAUUUGAAUAUAAACGUAAGUCCUUAUGAUGAUUCAAAAUAUGGUUCUGCUAUAUGGACUCUGGUUUCCUCUGUACUUGGUGCUGCAUUCGACAGGGAAGCAAAAGUGAGGUUGCAGGUGGCUACAGUAUUUGACAUGCUUUUACGAGCAAAACUUGUUCAUCCCAGACACUUCUAUCAGUUGGCAGAGCUAGUCCUUGAAAAGCUUGGUGAUCCAGAUGCUACUGUAAGAAGUGCUUUUGUAAAGCGUCUUUCCCUUUUCCUCCCUGUUGCUGUUUAUCUUUGUGGUUCAUCGGAUUGUGGAACAGUUACAACAGGCAGGCUCUCUUUCUGCAAGUCAGGAAAUAGAGCUGACUUGCACUGGAGACACGUGUUUUCCCUGAAGCAGUUGCCACAACGUCUGCAACCGCAGCAGCUGGUUUCUAUUUUGAGUUACAUCUCGCAACGAUGGAAGGCGCCUCUUUCUUCCUGGAUUCAACGUCUUAUUCAACAUUGUAGUCAUGCAAAGGACUUGACUCAAAGUCUGGAGGAAACAGGAAGCUCUAGUGGCAAUAGUAUAUGGCUGGACAUAAAAUUUGAGGUUGAUGUUCUUGAAAGAACUAGUUUGGUGAAUAAUUUAGCUGGUGUAUGGUGGGCUUUACAUGAGGCUGCUCGAUAUUGUACAGCUAGUCGUCUCCGAACUAAUCUUGGUGGACCAACUCAAACUUUUGCAGCUUUAGAGAGAAUGCUUCUGGAUGUAUCACAUAUGCUGCAAAUUGAUAGCGAGCAAAAUGAUGGAGGUUUAAGUAUUAUAGGUUCCAGCGGUGCCCGUUUAUUGCCUAUGAGGUUAUUACUGGAUUUUGUUGAGGCGUUGAAGAAAAAUGUAUACAAUGCUUAUGAAGGUUCUUCUGUGCUGCCUCUUGCUUCUCGUCAGAGUUCCUUAUUUUUCCGAGCAAACAAAAAGGUUUGUGAGGAGUGGUUUUCUCGCAUUUGUGAACCAAUGAUGAAUGCCGGGUUGGCAUUACAGUGCCAUGAUGCUAUUAUCCAGUAUUGUUCUCUACGGUUACAGGAACUCAAAAGUUCAGUGGUUUCUUCCUUUAGGGAAAAGUCUCGAACUCAGGCGAGUGAGAAUCCACAUGAUUUCAGGGGAAGGUUAAGUAGAGAUGUUAUGCGAGUUGUACAACACAUGGCUCUGGCUCUGUCUAAAAAACAUGAAUCGGCAACUUUGAUUGGCUUGCAGAAAUGGGUGUAUUUGAGCUUUUCUUCUUUGUUGGAUGAAAACAAACAGGCUGGUAAUAGCUAUCAGUUUUAUGGACCUUUCUCGUGGAUCACUGGUAUGGUACAUCAGGCAGAAGGACAAUAUGAAAAGGCUGCUGCCGUCUUUACUCAUUUGCUACAGACAGAGGAAUCUCUAAGUUCUAUGGGAGCCAAUGGAAUACAAUUCAUAAUUGGACGUGUCAUUGAGAGUUAUUGUGCAAUUUCAGAUUGGCAAUCGCUUGACUCUUGGUUACUGGAGCUGCAAGCUUUACGGGCAAAGCAUGCUGGAAAAAGUUAUUCAGGUGCUUUAACUAUUGCUGGAAAUGAAAUGAAUGCAAUCCAUGCAUUAGCUCAUUUUGAUGAGGGUGACUUCCCGGCAGCAUGGGCAUCCUUGGAUUUAACACCCAAAAGCAGCUCUGAACUUACUCUUGAUCCCAAAUUGGCAUUGCAAAGGAGUGAGCAGAUGCUUUUGCAGGCAUUGCUUUAUAAAGCUGAAGACAAAAUGGAUAUGGUGCCUGAUGAGAUGCAGAAGGUCAAGUUAUUGCUAGAUGAAGUUUUAACUAUCCUCCCAUUAGAGGGAUUUCCAGAGGCAGCACCAUAUGCCAUACAUUUGCACUGCAUACAUGCGUUAGAAGAGGAUUGCAGAUUUACUAAAAUUCAGGAGAAACCUGAACAGUUUGAAUCAGUAUUAAAUUCUCUUUGGCAAGGAUCUAAACUGCCUAUGAGUGUUGUCCACCAAGAUUGUAGCUCGUGGCUGAAACUUCUCAGGGUCUACAAAACCAUCCUGCCUACCUCGUCUGUAACCUUGCACCUGUGCAAGGAUCUAAUGUGUUUAGCUCGAAAGCAAGGAAAUUUAGGGUUGGCAAACCAUCUUAAGAAGUAUCUCAGGGAUCAAACUGAUAAUUACUCAGAGGCAAGUAACCACCUUUUUCUAACAUCAAGUUUGCAGUAUGAGGAUAUUCUGCUGAUGUACUCUGAAAAGAAGUUUGUGGAUGCAUUCACAAAUAUGUGGUCAUAUGUUAAGUCCGCCUUCUUUUCUUUAAAAACGGUAGGGCCUGCUGCUGAUGAUAGUCAAUUGAAGGCUAAGGCAUGUCUGAAGUUCUCGAAUUGGUUGAGGCGGGAUUAUGCUGAUUUUAGCUUGGAAAAUUUUGUUCUGGAUAUUCUUUCUGACUUCGGCCAGUUUCGUGAAAGUAACGAAUCCAUGGUAGAAGAAAAGUUGAUCUCUAAACCAUGCACACACAUAGUAAUUGAGGAAAUUGUGGGUGCAGCAACAAAGUUGUCAACACACCUUUGCCCUACUAUGGGCAAGUCUUGGAUUUCAUAUGCAUCUUGGUGUUUUUCUCAAGCUAAAGAGAGUCUUUGCCCAUCUCAGGGAACUGUCCUCCUUUCGUCCUCUUUUUCUUUAGUCCUUGAUCAAGAGUUGGUCCCAAAGAUGACCAGUUUAACUGAGGAUGAGAUAUCAAGAGUUGGAUCUGUUAUCUCAGAGCUUCUUUGUGUAGAUGAUUCAAGUGAAAGGGAAGAGGGGAGCUCCUUUGUUGGAUCAUCUAAUGACUUGAAUCGUCUAAAUUACAAAACAUCUUUGGUGCAAAAAGUAGUGAACGUAAUUGAAGCUGCAGCAGGAGUACCUGGUGUGGAAACUUUUGGUGCUGAAUCUCUUUCAGCUGCUGUAUCUUCUCAACUUUGGAUGACCUUUCUUGAUCAAAAUCUUCAAAUAAAAGAAAUUGUUAUAUCCUCUUCUGUCAAUGUCUUGGUUGAUAUUUGGUUGUCUUUGAGGAAGAGAAGAGUUUCUUUAUUUGGACACGCUGCUCAUGGUUUCAUACAGUACCUUUCCUACUCUUCUUCAAGACUUGUUAGUUUCACUUCCAUAGAUCGUGACUGCGGAUCCUUAAGUGAAAAAACUGGAAGCUUAAUACUAAGGGCUACUUUGUACAUACUACAUAUUCUGCUUAACUACGGGUUGGAGUUGAAGGAUACACUUGAACCUGCCCUUUCUGCAGUGCCAUUGUUGCCUUGGCAGGAAGUAACACCACAACUAUUUGCUCGAUUAUGUUCUCAUCCAGAACCUGAAACACGGAAGCAAUUGGAGGGCUUGCUAAUUAUGCUGGCAAAGUCAUCUCCUUGGUCUGUUGUGUAUCCAACUCUUGUUGAUGUUAAUGCUUCUGAUGAAGAGCCGCCAGAGGAGCUUCAGCGUAUUUUGGAUUGUUUGAUGAAGCUUUAUCCUAGACUGGUGCAAGAUGUUAAACUCAUGAUUUAUGAACUGGGAAAUGUAACUGUUCUCUGGGAGGAACUAUGGCUCAGCACUCUUCAAGAUCUUCAUGGAGAUGUGCUUAGGCGGAUAAACUUGCUGAAAGAGGAAGCUGCAAGGAUCUCAGAAAACAUUACUCUCAGCCACAGUGAGAAAGUCAAAAUAAAUGCUGCAAAGUAUUCUGCCAUGAUGGCCCCAGUUCUUGUGGCCUUGGAGCGUCGUCUUGCUUUGAUUUCUAGGAAACCUGAGACUCCACAUGAGAAAUGGUUCCAGGAUGAGUACAAAGAGCUGAUAAAAUCUGCCCUUUUAGCCUUUAAAUCUCCUCCUGCAUCUGCUUUAGCACUUGGAGAUGUCUGGCGACCAUUUGAUAAUAUCGCUGCAUCCUUAGCGUCUUAUCAGAGAAAGUCAGAAGUAUGUUUGCAAGACGUUGCACCACAACUGGCUCUCUUGUCAUCUUCUGAUGUUCCCAUGCCUGGGCUUGAGAAGCAAAAGCAAGUAAUGCUGUCUGAAACUGACAGAGACUUCAGUAGCUCUUCACUGGGUAUUGUCACAAUAGCUUCUUUCUCUGAACAAGUGGCUAUCCUGUCAACCAAGACUAAACCUAAGAAACUUGUUAUUCAGGGUUCUGAUGGUGGAAAGUACACAUAUCUUUUAAAGGGUAGAGAAGAUUUACGACUUGAUGCUCGAAUCAUGCAACUUUUGCAAGCGGUUAACAGUUUUCUUCAUUCAAAUUCUGAAACUAGAAGUCGAUCGGUUGGUAUUCGUUACUAUUCUGUGACACCAAUUAGUGGUCGUGCUGGUCUCAUUCAGUGGGUGGAUAAUGUAAUAAGCAUUUACAGUAUUUUCAAGUCUUGGCAGCAAAGAGUUCAAAUGGCCCAGGUUAUGGCCACUGGUGGCAGCAAUGCCAAAAAUGCAGUUCCUCCACCUGUUCCCCGGCCAAGUGACAUGUUUUAUGGCAAAAUAAUACCAGCACUAAAAGAGAAAGGUAUAAAAAGAGUUAUUUCAAGGCGAGAUUGGCCUCAUGAAGUCAAGCUUAAGGUUCUCUUGGAUCUUAUGAAAGAGACUCCCAGGCAGCUUCUUCAUCAAGAACUCUGGUGUGCAAGUGAGAGUUUCAGUGCUUUCAACUCAAAACUCAAAAGGUAUUCUGGUAGCUUAGCUGCAAUGAGUAUGGUGGGCCACAUUUUUGGCCUUGGGGAUAGACAUUUGGAUAACAUUCUGAUAGACUUUUUUAGUGGGGAUAUUGUACAUAUUGAUUAUAAUGUAUGUUUUGAGAAAGGACAAAGGUUAAAAGUUCCCGAGAUUGUGCCAUUCCGCCUUACUCAAACACUUGAAGCUGCUCUAGGGUUGACAGGAGUAGAAGGAGUCUUCAGGGAAAAUUGUGAAGCAGUAAUCGGUGUUCUUAGACGGAAUAAAGAUUUACUUCUCAUGUUAUUGGAGGUCUUUGUGUGGGAUCCGCUGGUGGAGUGGACACGUGGAGAUUUCCAUGAUGAUGCUGCCGUUGGGGGUGAGGAAAGAAAGGGUAUGGAGUUGGCUGUCAGCUUAAGUUUGUUUGCUUCUCGUGUGCAAGAGAUGCGUGUCCCUUUACAGGAACAUCAUGAUCUGCUACUAGCUAGUGCCCCAGCUGUUGAGUCUUCUUUCGAGAGAUUUUUGAAUAUCUUAAACCACUACGAGCUUGUCUCAGCUAUAUUUUACCAUGCCGACCAAGAGAGGUCUACUCUUCUUAUCAAUGAAACGUCUGCAAAAUCACUUGUUGCAGAAGCAACUUCUCAUUGGGAAAAAUCUCGUGCCCAUUAUGAAGUUCAGGCUCGGGAGUUCUCUCAGGCGAAGGGUGGUGUUGGCGAGAAAGUCCAAGAAGCAACUACUUGGUUAGAGCAACAUGGGAGAUACCUUGAUGCUUUACGGAAUGAUUCAAUAUCUAUCAGAGCCAGCAUAAAACAGAGUUGCGUGGAAGACGCCUUAUCUCUUACAUCAGCUGUUUCAGUAGCAGGGGUUCCAUUGUCUAUUGUUCCUGAACCCACACAAGCUCAAUGCCAUGAAAUAGACAGGGAUGUUUCGCAGCUCAUAGCUGAGUUGGACGAUGGAGUUUCUUGUGCAGUAAUAACACUUCAAGCAUAUGCUCUUUCUCUACAGAGAUUCUUACCCUUAAAUUACAUUGCAACAAGCCCUGUACACAGUUGGGCACAAGUCUUACAACUGUCUGUCAAUACGCUUUCUCCUGAUAUGCUUUCCCUAGCGAGAAGGCAGGCUGGUGAACUUAUUUCUAAGACACCUGGGGAUGGUCUUGAUUAUGUCAGGCAUCGCCGGGAUGAUCUCUGUCUUAAAAUGAAGAGAUUUGCUCUAGAGAUAGAGAAACUUGAGGAUGAGUAUGCUGGACUUGUAAACUCUAUCGGCUCGGAAGCAGAAUUGAAGGCUAAGAAUCGUAUUCAAUCUGCUUUUGUGAAUUAUAUGCAAUCCAGUGGGUUUACAAGGAAUGAGGAUCUUUUUCCUUCUCUUCCGCAUAUACAAUUUAAACAUGAGAGUAGUAGAGAUAGUAAAGUAGAAGUUGAUAUGAAGAAAGAGAAGAUGUUGUCUGUUCUAUAUGUAGCCUUAUGUUCUCUGUAUGAUGACGUGAAACAUAAGGUACUCAACAUACUCAAUGAGGUAAUUACCUCUGGAACUGGGGGCAGUUUGCCUCAGUCUAACUUUGGAAUGGUAUUUUUUGAGCUAGAAGAGCAAAUAGAAAAAUGUGUACUAGUUGUGGACUUUGUUUUCGAGCUUCAGCAUUCUGUUGGUUACGGAGUAGCAACCGGUGAUUCCGAAGUUUCAAACGAGAACUGGGCUUCCAUUUUUAAAGCUACUUUGUUGUCAUGUAAGGAAUUCGUUGUACAUAUGAGUGAAGUUAUUUUGCCAGAGCUUAUAAAAUCCAUUGUUUCCAUUGAUUCAGAAGUAGUGGAUGCUUUUGGGGCCUUGUCCAAUAUCCGGGGGUCUGUUGAAACUGCAUUGGAAAAGCUUGUUGAGGUUGAAGUAGAGAGGGCGUCCCUGGAGGAACUGGAAAAGGGAUACUUUGUGAAGGUUGGUCUCAUUACGGAGCAGCAGUUGGCUCUUGAAGAAGCUUCUAUGAAAGGAAGAGACCAUCUUUCUUGGGAGGAGGCAGAGGAACUUGCUUCUCAAGAAGAAGCUUGUAGGGAACAAUUAGACCAACUUAACCACACAUGGAAUCAAAAGGAUGCACGGAGCUCUUCUUUAAUCAAAAGAGAAGCUGAUAUUAGAGAUGGUUUGGUUUCUUCAGAACACCAUUUUCUAUCUCUUCUUGGUUCUGAGGAAGAGAGAUUGGUUCAUGGUUUCAGAAGCAAUGCUUUGUUAUCUACACUGGACAUACCUUUCUCUGAAUUAGAGUCUCUAGACAAGACACUCCUUUCGUACUGUGGUUCGAGUUUUUGUCAAAAUGACAUAUCCAAGUUAGCUAAUUUUCUCUCUUCUGGAUGCCAAAUGUCUGAAUAUAUCUGGAAAUUUAAAGGAUUACUGAAUGGUGUUGAUUUUUUUGCUUGGAAAGUUGCAGUGAUGGAUUCCGUCCUUGAUAUUACCAUCCAUAAUGUAUCUUCAUCUAUUGAUCAGAAUUUGGGUAUGGAUCAGCUUGUCGACACUAUCAAAAAAAAGCUGGCAGCACAUCUCCAGGUUGUGAUAAGCCUAUACAUUAAAGAGCGAAUAGCUCCUGCAUUAGUUCACUGCUUAGAUAAAGAGGUUGAAAACUUGAAGCAACAGAUGGAAGGGUUUAAAGAGUUUGGAUUUGAUAAAUUGAAGAAGGAUCUUAGUGGUGAGAAAAGGAUGAAAGUAAUGCUUGAAGAGUACUGCAAUGCACAUGAAACUGUCAGAGCAGCAAGGUCAGCUGCAUCUCUUUUGAGGAGGCAAGUGAAUGAGCUCAAGGAGGUUAUUAAAAGAACAAGCCUAGAGAUUAUUCAAAUGGAAUGGAUGAAUGAUAUGACCUUAACUCCUUCACAUGAUAAUCGGAUUAUAGCUCAUAAAUUUCUAGAAAGUGAUGACAAGAUGUAUCCUCUUGUUCUUGAUAUCCACCGACCGAAUUUGUUGGAAAAGAUGCAAUCUUCUGUCUCUAAGAUAGCUAGUUCAAUUGAAUGCUUGCAGUCUUGUGAAAGAACCUCCAUUACAGCUGAAGGGCAACUGGAAAGAGCCAUGAAUUGGGCUUGUGGUGGCCCAAACUCUGGCGUGGCUGGCAAUUCCAUCUACAAGGGUGCCAAAAUUCCUUCUGAGUUUCAUGAUCAUUUGAUGCAAAGAAAAAAACUUCUGCAGGAAGCUCGAGAGAAGGCUACUGACAUUAUGAGAGUUUCUUUGUCAGUUUUGGAGUUUGAAGCAUCAAGAGACGGAAUUCUUUGUAUUGCAGGUGAAAAUUUUCCAUUUAGAACUAGUGCAGAUGGGAGGGCAUGGCAGCAAGGAUAUUUAAAUACAUUGGCAAGGCUGGAAGUUUCUUUCCAUUCUUUCUCUCGGGCUGAACAGGAAUUGAAUUUAGCAAAGAACAGCAUGGAAGCUGCGUCCAAUGGUUUAUUUUCUGCCUCUAAUGAACUCUCCGUGGCUUCUCUGAAAGCAAAGUCAGCUUCAGGAGAUUUACAAACGACUUUGCUUCAAAUGAGAGAUUGUGCAUAUGAAGCUAGUGUCUCUCUCUCUGCUUUUUGUCGCGUUGCAAAGGGCCAUACUGCUUUGACAUCUGAAUGUGGUUCAAUGCUUGAAGAGGUGUUAGCUAUCAGCGAUGGUCUUCAUGAUGUGCAUAACUUGGGAAAAGAGGCUGCAGCUAUGCAUUGUUUCCUCAUGGAAUCAAUAUCGAAGGCAAGUGAGACAGUCUUUCCUCUAGAGUCAGUAUUGUCUAAGGACGUAACUGCAAUGACUGAUGCUAUGGCCAAGGAAAGAGAGACCAUAAUGGAGAUAUCUCCUACUCAUGGGCAAGCCAUACACCAAUCCUAUUAUCCAAGAAUUAAAGAGGCUUUCCAGGCUUUUAAGCCCCUGGUUCCAUCGCUAGAGUCUUCUGUGAAGGAACUGUACUCUUCCCUGACUAAGCUUGCUCACUGUGCAAGUGUCCAUGCUGCUAAGUUGCAUAAGGCUGUUGAAGGUGUAGAAGGCACCCUGGAGGCAGGGUCACAGGAACUUAAUUUGUCAAGGGAAGACCUCAUUGAAAGCUAUACGGAGUAUGAUGACAUGGAUGGAGUUAUAUUGGGUGAAUUUGACGGAGAGAAGGAUGAACCUUCAGUGGAAGUCAACGUUUUGUCUGCUGAAGAUAAAGGAUGGGUAUCUCCUCCAGAUAGCAUAUAUAGUAGCAGCUCUGGUGGGGAAAGUUUUUCAGGUGAAGACAGUCCUUCUAAUGGAUUAGGUCUCCAAGAAUCUCUGGAGAAUCUUUCAAUUAUCUCCAAUAACAAAGAGGAUGGAGAUCACAAGGAACUUCUAUUCACUGAAGCAGAACAGCAGAAUAUCUUGCAUGCUAUGUCAAAACAGAUGGAGGUCAAAGGGGAUAAGGCCGAUCUAUCUUUGGGUGUACUGCCUAGUGCCCCGAAAGAUGGUGUCUGUUUUAUGAAGAAACUGUCAGAAAAUGCACUUCCCUGCAUGCUAAAAGAAGAGCACUUAGGCGUGAAUCUUGAAGGGAAAUCUGAAGCAGCAGCCUCAUCAAAGCGAGUUGUAGCUGGAGAUGACAGUCAGAAUGAUCAAUUUAAAAAAGAUAGUGUUCGAGCAAUUAAGGGUAAAAACGCUUUUGCUAUAUCAGUCUUAAGGCGUAUUGAGAUGAAAUUAGACGGCCGAGAUAUUUCUGAAAACAGAGAAUUAAGUAUCGGAGAGCAGGUAGAUUAUCUGCUGAAGCAAGCUACUAGUGCAGAUAAUCUCUGCAACAUGUAUGAAGGUUGGACGGCGUGGAUUUGAGUCUGUAAGACAGAUGCUCCCGUGAAUGGAUUUAGCACCAACGGAUAAUGUGGUGGUACACCCACGCAUGGUGACUCAUUAACAUCAGGUUAAUGAUUGUGGCGUGGCAGGCCUUUGACAUGAGCAGUUUUUGAUUAACCCUGCGACUCACCUCAGUUAGUGCCCAAAAAGAAGAAUGCAGGUCUUUUUGGGUGAGAGGCUGCUGUGCUGUUUAAGUGCAUAAUAUUGGGAUAAAGGGGAUCUGGUUCUGUUGAAAGAACAGUUGGAAGAUAAAAUGAGCUUAUCUUCUCCGUAGCACCAUGGAAAGAUGCUAACAGAUUUUUGGAAUGAAAGAAGACUAUAUUUGGUAUUCUUCUGUUCGUUCUCAGAGACUUAAUAAUAGCAGUGCCGUGGCCUUUCACAGUCGUUUUGUCUAAAGAUCCCGAGUAUAGGGUUCAAAACUUGCAUUCUGUGGCCCAUUUUUUCCGUCCCUCAUGAAAUUUGUGGUUAUGAACUUGGGAGGUCGCAACUUCUGCAUGUGGGUUAGGGAACUAGUUUGUUGCUGGUGGAAGAAUCUGAGAUAGGUCAUUAUGCAGUAUCCACUUUGAUGAGUUCCAAAGCAGAAUCAGGUACUCAGUCGCAAUCCUCUGCUUUCCGACCUUUUUUACUACAAAUCGUGAUGAUUCUGACUCUGCAAGUCAGUGUCACAAUUUCACCUUAGUAUUAUGAAAGAACCACUUAUACGGAUGCGGUAGCUGGAAUCUGAGAAAAUGCUGGAUGACUCUCUUAAAAUAUGUUUGUGUAUUAUGAUUUUGUAUUCUAUCUACCGUCUUGGUAGAAGGUGGUUCACGUCUUCACGAUACACACAUCUUACUCUUAGUGGAUUUGGAGGUUGUUUACUGGCUUCAAGUUUGAGUUUAGAUCUUCUUAAUCUGAAAAAUACGAGUCACCUUGGCAUGAAAGUUGAACGUGCCCUUCUGAUCUCGAUAACAGGGAAACUCACAGUCUGUUCAUGUCUUUGUGAUGGUGAUGAUGUUCACAUGAUAUGGGGUUCUAAUCACGAUAGGAUCUGAAUUAUUGAGUUUCAGCUUGAGCUUGGCUCUGCAGCUAUCUCCACUUUCCCUAUCUCAAGGUAAAUUGUAUGAUACAAGUAUAUAUCUUUUUAUUUAAAAUUGUUUAGAAAAAACUUUCAGGUUUUUUUUAUGCAAGUGAUAAAUCAGACUAGAUUUUUCACUGACAGCAGAUUUUAGCAAUUUAAAAUGAUAUAUUUUUGGUGAAAUCAUGUUAUAUUUGUGAUUAUAUUGGGAUUCAGAUUGAAGGCAUGAAGGGGGAUAUGGAUAUCUCGUAAAGAGGAAGUAUUUUCGGAUAUCAGAUAUGUGAUUGUAAAGCUUUAUGAGUACCAAAAUCUAAUGGCAACCUCUAGAUAAAGAUGGUCCAUGGCGUGUCAGGCCACAUUUUCCAAAUUGGCAGUCAUGCAAGGCGCUUGUGCCAUAGUGGGUUGACAAUUUCACGUUUUGUUCACCUGUAGUGUAUUUCCAUACUUGACCGGGACCGGACUAGAAAAAUCGGUCAAAUCCGGACUGUACCGGGUAAAAUUGUUCCAAACCGGACAGGACUAGUUUGGAUUCGUUAUAGGCUUUUUUUGGAAGCUAAAUAAAGUACGAAGUAUCAACAAUAUAUAUAAGCUAACAUAUUAAAGGAGAAAAUUAACAUUUUCAAAUUAAAUUUUUUGAAGGAAAAAUUGGACAAGUCUAAAACCCGCUUUUAAAGAGCUUUGGACCGGACUGAAGACUAGAAAAUAAUAUUUUCAGAACCGGAGUUUAGACCGAUUGCCUCCGAUCUGGUCCCUUUUUCCAGCCCUAUUACUUUCAACAAACAUGUGGCCUAGCCACGACGAGAAACAUCCCAAGUUCUCAACGCACAUAGUAAUAUGAUGCUCUACUUAUUUUGUGUUGGGUCGAACAACCACUUUUAUGUCUAGACUAGUCUUGCCGUUUUGAAAUGGUUGCAUUCGAUUCUAGACACUAUUUACAAAUUUCAGUUUAACUAUCAUUGUAUGAUCUACGCACAAGGAAGAACAUAGUCGUGAGAAAUUUUGUUUGAUUCAUCUUAACAAGAAUUUCGAAAUAUCUUUUUAUAAUUUAUAAGUUUUACGAAUAUAAAAUAAGAAAUAUUAAUGUUCAAACAUUUUCAUCAACGAGCAUGAAGAGACAAAGUGAUUAUUGUGUCGGUAACUUUUGUGUAAGACCGCCUUACCAGAAAGACCACUUUAAUUGCUUAACUAAUUGAUUUCAUUGCUUAACUAAUUAGUUUCAUUAUUUAACUAAUUGAUUUCAGUGCUUAACUAAUUAGUUCAAGUAUUUAACUAAUUGAUUUCAUUGCUUAACUUAUAUGACAUCAAUGUGGUCUUUUGUAUUAUUAUAUUGUGCAGUAUAUGAAAAAAAAUAAAAGAAAAAGAAUAGACCCCAGUUUUCUAGUCACCAAAACAGCAGCCUGAAACCUCGGAUUGCCGCGUAUCAAAAUCCACAGUAAUACUAAACUAGUUCAGUACCCCCACAGUUUACAACUUUUCCCACUUGCCUUACUUAUAGUAUAAAUUGUUCUUCACCUGUUGUCUAAUCAUAAUCACAUCAAUUAACACAAACCUUCACCAAUUCACAUUAAACCCAAACUUCUAUUUUUAGGCUGCUUAAUAAAAAUGUCAGCACUGGUUAGUGUAUGGUGCAAUCAGGUAACCAAGAAGCGUGAACAGAGUCAAGCCAAGCCUUCCAACUCGCCACCGCCUUCUUCUUCUGCCUCGUCGAGCACGAUUCAGGAUAAAUCGGGUCAGCCCAAAUGGGCUCGGGCCUUACAUUUGAAGAUGCCUGCUUCUCUGUGUUCUGACUCCACCCUCUCUAUGUUUAUGGACUGUGUUUGCGCUUGAAAAGAUGAACCAUUCUAGGCUUCAUCUUCAGUCUCUUUUGUUAUUUUGUGUUCCCUUAUUUUAGAGUGUCUUUGCAAUUAUGUAUACUAAAACUUGUUGAAACUUUGAGACAGAAAUAAAAAUGCUGUACAUAUUGCUA